UGGGCUCCCGGCAGCGGGACCCCGCCGCGCACCCCUAUCCCGCGCGCCGAGCGUCCCACGAGCAGCGCCGCGCUCUCCACGAUGCCCGGGGCGCCGCUCCUGCGGCUGCUGGUGGCCGUGGUCUCCGCGGCUGCGGCGGUGGCCGGUGCGCCCGGGACGGCGCUGCACCCCGCCACGGGGGACGCCACCCUGGCCUUCGUCUUCGAUGUCACCGGCUCCAUGUGGGACGACCUGAUGCAGGUGAUUGACGGCGCCUCGCGCAUCCUGGAGCGGACCCUGAGGAGCCGCAGCCAGGCCGUCGCCAACUACGCGCUGGUGCCCUUCCACGACCCAGAUAUCGGCCCAGUGACGCUCACGGCGGACCCAGUGGUGUUCCAGAAGGAGCUGCGAGAACUCUAUGUGCAGGGAGGUGGCGACUGCCCCGAGAUGAGCGUGGGGGCCGUCAAGGCUGCCGUGGAGGUCGCCAACCCCGGCUCCUUCAUCUAUGUCUUCUCGGAUGCCCGCGCCAAGGACUAUCACAAGAAGGACGAGCUGCUGCGGCUCCUGCAGCUGAAGCAGUCGCAGGUGGUCUUUGUGCUGACGGGGGACUGUGGUGACCGUACCCACCCUGGCUACCUGGCCUACGAGGAGAUCGCCUCCACCAGCUCCGGGCAGGUGUUCCACCUGGACAAGCAGCAAGUGGCGGAGGUGCUGACGUGGGUGGAGUCUGCGAUCCAGGCCUCCAAGGUGCACCUGCUGUCCACAGACCAUGAGGCGGGGGGCGAGCACACGUGGAGACUUCCUUUCGACCCCAGCCUCAAGGAGGUCACCAUCUCCCUGAGCGGGCCUGGGCCUGAGAUCGAAGUCCGAGAUCCGCUGGGGCGGAUCCUCCAGAAGGACGAGGGUCUCAACGUGCUCCUCAGCAUUCCCGACUCCGCCAAGGUGGUGGCCUUUAAGCCCAAGCACCCUGGGCUGUGGUCCAUCAAGGUCUACAGCAGCGGCCGCCACUCGGUGAGGAUCACGGGCAUCAGCGACAUCGACUUCCGAGCCGGCUUCUCCACGCAGCCCUCUCUGGACCUCAACCACACCAUCGAGUGGCCCUUGGAAGGCGUCCCCAUCUCCCUGGUGAUCAACGCCACGGGCCUGCAGGCACCCGGCCGGCUGGACUCCGUGGAGCUCUCGCACAACUCGGGGCGGCCCCUCCUGACUUUGCCGGUGCAGCCCCUUUCCAAUGAGUCCACUCCUCAGCUGUGGGCCGGGGCGCCCUUCCACGCCCCCAAGGAGCGCUUCUACCUCAAAGUGAAGGGCAAGGAUCAGGAGGGAAACUCCCUCCUUCGCGUGUCCGGGGUUUCCUACAGUGGGGUGGCUCCAGGUGCCCCCCUGGUCAGCAUGCCAGCCCGGGUCCACGGCUACCGGCACCAGCCCCUGCUGAUCUCCUGCUCCGUGCACAGCGCCCUCCCAUUCCGGCUGCAGCUUCACCGCGAUAGGGUCCGGCUGGGCGAGGAGAGGCACUUCCUGGAGUCGGGGAACAGCAGCUGGGAGAUCCCGCGGGCCUCCAAGGCCGAAGAGGGGACCUACGAGUGCACAGCGGUCAGCAGUGCUGGGGCCGGCCGGGCCAGGGCCCAGAUUGUCGUCACAGAUCCACCGCCGCAGCUGGUCCCUGCCCCCAACGUGACCGUGUCCCCAGGGGAAACCGCUGUCCUAUCCUGCCAAGUCCUAGGUGAUGCGCCCUACAAUCUGACGUGGGUCCGGGACUGGCGAGUCCUGCCUGCUUCCACGGGCCGAGUCACCCAGCUGGCCAAUCUGUCCCUGGAGGUCAGUGCGGUUGUCCCCAGUGACAGCGGGCGGUACCAGUGCAUGGCCAGCAACGCCAACGGGGCCACGAGGGCGUCCACCUGGCUCCUGGUGCGAGAAGCACCUCGGGUGAGCAUUGACACCAGGGCCCAGCGCUUCUCCCAGGGUGUGGAGGUGAAGGUCAGCUGCUCAGCCUCAGGGUACCCUGCACCCCACCUCUCCUGGAACCGUGAGGGCCUCGCCCUGCAAAAGGACGGCAGAAUCCGUGUGGAUCCCCAGGGAACCCUGAUCAUCCAGGGAGUAGCCCCAGAGGAUGCCGGGAAUUACACCUGCUGGGCUGCUAAUGAAGUGGGCACAGAUGAGGAGACGGUCACCCUGUACUACACAGAGCCCCCGUCGGUGUCCGCUGUGAACACCAUGGUGCUUGCCGCCGUGGGGCAGGAGGCUGUGCUGGGGUGCACGGCCGCAGGGGUGCCCCCACCCCGGGUCGUCUGGUAUCGAGGGGAUCUGGAAGUGAUCCUGGCCCCUGAGGGCUCCAGCUCGGGGACUCUGCGGAUCCCCUCGGCUCAGGAGAGGGAUGCUGGGGUCUACACCUGCCGGGCUGUCAACGAGCUGGGCUCCGUCUCUGCAGAAGUGCAGCUGGAGGUUGGACAUGCCCCCCGGCUGAUGGAGCUGCCCCGGGACAUCACGGUGGAGCUGGGCAGGAGCGCCUUCCUGGCCUGCCGGGCCACCGGCCUCCCGCCCCCGAUGGUCACCUGGCGCCGUGGAGACGGCCGGCCCCUGGGGCCCCGGCGGGGCAGUGGGCCCGGGCUGCCGGACUCAGGAGUGCUGUUCAUUGAAAGUGCGGCCCCGGAGGACCAGGCCACCUACGUCUGUGAGGCUCAGAACGUCUUUGGGAAGGCCCAAGCCAAGACCCAGCUCAGCGUCACUGGACACGCACCCCCCCAGAUCGCCGGCACCGCCUCCACCGUGCGCGUCCUGGAGGGCCAGCCCGCGUCCCUGCCGUGCGUCAUCCUGGCGGGGAGGCCGCUCCCAGAGAGGCGCUGGCUCAGGGCCAGCCGCCCUCUCCCAGCAGUUGGCCGGGGCUCUGUCCGGGCCGACGGCAGCCUCCACUUUGACCGGGCGCUGCAGGAGGACGCGGGCAUCUACAGCUGCGUGGUCACCAACUCGGCCGGCUCCCAGCACCGCGACGUGGAGCUGAUCGUCCAGGUGCCACCAAGAAUCUACCCCGUUGCCACCCACCACGUCACCAGCGAGGGGGUUCCAGCCUCUCUGCCUUGUGCCGCCUCGGGAGUUCCCACCCCGACCAUCACCUGGACCAAGGAAACCAAAGCCCUGACCUCCAGGGGCCCCGACUACAAUGUGAGCAAGGACGGCACCCUGCUCAUCGCCUGGCCGUCCCCACGGGACGCGGGGACCUACGUGUGCACGGCCACCAACGCCGUCGGCUUCUCCAGCCAGGAGAUGCGGCUUUCAGUCAACACCAAGCCCAGGAUCCAGGUGAACGGGUCACAGGACGCAGACUCGCCAAUCAGAGUCACAGCCAAGACUGGCGAAGAGGUGACCCUGGACUGUGAGGCGCAGGGCUCCCCACCGCCCCUGGUCACCUGGACAAAGGACGCCCACCCUCUGCUGCCCAGCACCGACAGUCACACCCUCCUUCCGUCCGGCUCCCUGCGCCUGGCGCCCGCCCGGGUGGGUGACGACGGCCACUACGAGUGCACCGCCAGCAACCCCGCGGGGUCCGCCUCCCGGCGCUAUGUCCUCGGGCUGCAAGUGCCCCCGCAGGUGCAGUCAGGGCCACAGGUCCUGAAGGCCCUGGUGGGGGAAGCCCUGGAUCUGAACUGUGUGGCCGAGGGCAACCCGGAGCCGCAGCUGAGCUGGUCCAAGGAUGGGGCGGCCUUGCCUGGAGCGGGGCCCGCGGGCUCGGUCCACUUUGCUGCCGUGCAGACCUCGGACGCCGGGCUGUACCGCUGCGAGGCCUCCAGCCCCGCAGGGACGGACGCCUGGGAGCUGCAUCUCAGGGUGCUGGAGCCUCCACACUGGGUGGCCGACAACAGCAGCCUGGUGGAGCGAGUGGCCGGGGAGAACGCCAGCCUCCUGUGCCCGGCUCGAGGGACGCCUAAGCCGCAGGUCGUGUGGCGCAAGGGCCCGUCCUCAGAACCCCUGAGUGGCCGGCCGGGCAUGGCGGUGCUGGACGAUGGGUCCCUGCUCCUGUCCUCGGUCUCGCCCACGGACAGCGGAGACUACGAGUGCCAGGCCACCAAUGAGGCAGGCUCCGCGUCCAGGAGAGCCAAGCUGGUGGUCUACGUGCCCCCCAGCAUCCGGGAGGAUGGGCGCAAGGGUGACUUGUCAGGCGUGGCUGGGCAGCCGCUUUCUCUGGAGUGUGAUGCAAAUGGCUUUCCAACCCCUGAGGUCGUGUGGCUCAAGGACGGGCAGCCGAUCCCUGAGGCCGGCAGCCACCGCCUCCUCCACGGGGGCCGGACCCUCCACUUCCCCAGGACCGAGGAGGCCAAUUCGGGCCUCUACUCCUGCCGGGCGGAGAACCAGGCGGGGAGCGCCCAGAGGGACAUCCAUCUCCUGGUGCUCAUCCCCCCAUCCAUGCUGGGGGCUCGGGCUGCCCAGGAGGUGCGAGGCCUGGCUGGUGCUGACAUGGAGCUGGAGUGUCGGACCUCGGGGGUCCCCACGCCCCAGGUGGAGUGGACCAAGGACGGACAGCCCGUCCUUCCGGGAGACCCUCACACGCAGCUCCAGGAGGACGGCCAGGUCCUCAGGAUCACCAGCAGUCACCUAGGGGACGAGGGGCGGUACCAGUGCAUCGCUUUCAGCCCGGCGGGCCAGCAGACCAAGGAUUUCCAGCUCCAUGUCCACUCACCCCCUACCAUCUGGGGCUCCAAUGAGACGGGCGAGGUGGCCGCCAUGGAGGGACACCCGGUGCGGCUCCUCUGCGAGGCCCGAGGGGCCCCCACCCCCGACAUCACCUGGUUCAAGGACGGGGCCCCGCUCCCCGCCAGCACCGAGGUGGUCUACGCCAGGGGCGGCCGGCAGCUGCAGCUGGGACGGGCCCAGGGAUCAGACGCCGGCAUCUACACCUGCAAGGCCAGCAACCCUGUGGGCGUCAUGGAGAAGGCCACCCGGCUGGCGGUUUAUGUCUCACCCACCAUCGAGGGUGCCAGCGGAGGGCCGUACGUGGUGCAGGCCGUGGCCGGGAGGCCCUUGGCACUGGAGUGUGCGGCCAGAGGCUUCCCGCCCCCCACCGUGUCCUGGCAGCACGAGGGGCUGCCGCUGGCCGAGAGCAACGGGACGUGGCUGGAGCCGGACGGCGCGCUGCGGCUGCGGAGCCUGGCGGAGGCAUCCGGGGGCCUGUACAGCUGCGUGGCCAGCAGCCCCGCAGGCGAGGCCGUGCUGCAGUACGCCGUGGACGUGCAGGUGCCCCCACAGCUCCUGGUGGCUGAAGGCUUGGGCCAGGUGACCGCCAUCGUGGGACAGCCCCUGGAGCUCCCGUGCAGGGCCUCGGGCUCCCCGGUGCCCGCCAUCCAGUGGUUGCAGAAUGGCCGCCCUGCCGCGGAGCUGGCCGGAGUGCGGGUAGCUGCGCAGGGAACCACGCUGCACAUUGACCGUGUGGAGCUGGGCCAUGCCGGCCUCUUCGCCUGCCAGGCCACCAACGAUGCGGGCACCGCAGGGGCCGAGGUGGAGGUGUCUGUGCAUGAGCUCCCGUCCGUUGACAUCAUCGGGGGUGAGAACAUCACAGCCCCUUUCCUGCAGUCUGUGACCCUCCAGUGUGUAGGGGCUGGCAUGCCUCCCCCAAGCCUCCACUGGUGGAAGGAUGGGGUGGCCCUGGCAACCUCAGGCGGGACCCUGCAGAUCGAGAAGGUGGACCUGAGGGACGAAGGCAUCUACAGCUGCGUGGCCACGAACCUGGCUGGGGAGAGCAAGAGGGACGUGGCGGUCAAGGUCUUGGUGCCCCCCAGCAUCGAGCCAGGCCCCACCAGCCAGGCGGUGCUGGAGAACGCAUCCUUGACCUUGGAGUGCCUGGCCUCGGGGGUGCCUCCUCCCGAUGUCUCUUGGUUUAAGGGCCGCCAGCGCAUCUCCGCCCAGACAGGGGUGACAGUCUCCGCUGACGGAAGAAGCCUCCGCAUUGAGCGAGCCCGGCUUUCUGAUGCUGGGAGCUACCGCUGUGUGGCUGCCAAUGUAGCAGGCAACACAGAACUUCAGUUUGGCGUCCGGGUCCAUGUGCCUCCCCGAAUCACUCUGCCGCCCAGCCUGCCAGGCCCGGUGCUGCUCGGCGCCCCUGUCCGGCUGACCUGCAAUGCCUCCGGCGUCCCCAGCCCCACGCUGAUAUGGCUGCAGGAUGGAAAUCCUGUGUCACCCUCAGGGACCCCUGGCCUCCAGGUCUUCCCUGGGGGCCGGGUCCUUGCCUUGGCCAGUGCCCGGACCUCUGACUCAGGCAGCUACUCCUGCGUGGCCGUGAGUGCUGUGGGCGAAGACCGCCGGGAUGUGACCCUGCAAGUCUAUGUGCCCCCCAGCAUCCUCGGUGAAGAGCUGACCAUCUCUGUCCUGGCCAACGAGUCUGUGACCCUGGAGUGCCGCAGCCAUGCUGUGCCCGCUCCCGAGCUGAGCUGGUGGAAGGACGGGAGGCCCCUGCAGCUGCGGCCCAGCGUCCGUCUCUCCGAGGACAAGGCCCUGCUGGAGGUGUCCAGGGCGGAGGUGGGGGACACCGGCCGCUACACCUGCGAGGCUCUGAACCACGCUGGCCGCUCCGAGAAGCACUUCGACGUGAACGUCUGGGUGGCUCCAGCGUUCCCCUGGAGGGAGCCCCGCACCCUGGCUGUGACCGAGGGGCAGCCCGCCAGGCUGUCCUGCGAGUGCCGAGGCGUGCCCUUCCCCAAGGUCGCCUGGAGCAAGGACGGUCAGCCGCUGCCGGGGGAGGGGCCUGCCGGAGAGCAGGUGUCGGCGGUGGGCCGGCUGCUGUACCUGGGACGGGCACAGCCAGCACAGGAGGGGACGUACACGUGCGAGUGCAGCAACGCGGCCGGAAACAGCAGCCAGGAACAGCGGCUGGUGGUGCACGCUCCCCCCCAGAUCGCCGGCCCCCGGGAGCCCCUCACGCACGUGUCGGUGCUGCAGGGCGGGGAGGCUACUCUGGACUGCAACGCUACGGGGAGGCCACCGCCGGCGGUGACCUGGGAGCGGGACGGGCGGCCCGUGGGGGCCGAGCCCGACCUGUGGCUGCGGAACCAGGGCCGGAGCCUGCAGGUGCAGCGGGCGCGGGUCGCCCACGCGGGACGGUACAGCUGCGUGGCCGAGAACGCGGCGGGGCGCGCCGAGCGGAGGUUCGCGCUGUCCGUGCUGGUGCCUCCAGUGCUCGCGGGAGGCGAGGACUCUCUGACCAACGUCACUGCUGCUUUGCACGGCCCCUUGACUCUGCUCUGCGAAGCCACAGGGGUCCCGCCCCCCGAAGUGCGCUGGUUCCGAGAGGAGGAGCCCAUCCGGCCCCGGGAGGAUGCCUACCUGUUGGCGGGCGGCUGGAUGCUGAGGGUGACCCAGGCUCAGGAGCAGGACCGAGGUCUCUACUCGUGCCUGGCCAGCAACGAGGCCGGGGAGGCGCGGAGGAACUUCAGUGUGGACGUCCUGGUUCCCCCCACUAUAGAGAGUGAGGGCUUGGAGGAGGUGACCAGGGUGCCCGAGGGACAGACCGCCCAGCUGACCUGCAAUGCCACAGGCCACCCACAGCCCAACAUCACCUGGUUCAAAGACGGCCGGCCCCUGGCUGGCGGAGACGCCCACCACAUCUCCCCAGACGGAGCCCACCUGUGGGUCCCCCAGGCCAACCUGUCCCAUGCCGGCCACUACUCCUGCAUUGCCAGCAACGCCUUGGGGGAGAAGACCAAACACUUCCAGCUCAGCGUGCUGGUGCUGCCCACCAUCCUGGGGGCGACCGAGGACGCUGCUGAUGAGGAGGUGAUCGUGACCAUCAACAACCCCAUCUCUCUGAUCUGCGAGGCGCUGGCCUUCCCUGCCCCCAACAUCACCUGGAUGAAGGACGGGGUCCCUUUUGAGGCUUCCAGGAACAUCCAGCUGCUCCCAGGCACCCGCGGGCUGCAGAUCUUGAAUGCCCAGAGGGAGGACGCGGGCCAGUACACCUGCGUGGUCACCAACGACCUGGGGGAGGCCACGAAGAACUACCACGUGGAAGUACUCAUCCCCCCUUCCAUCUCCAAAGACGACCCCGCAGGGGAGCUGGGGGUGAAGGAGGUGAAGACCAAGGUCAACAGCACCUUGACCCUGGAGUGUGAGUGCUGGGGCUCCCCCCCGCCCGCCAUCAGCUGGUACAAGGAUGGACAGCCCGUGACCCCUGGCCAGCACCUGCGCAUCUUGGGCGAGGGCCGCCUGCUCCAGAUCCAGCCCACACGGGUCUCGGACUCGGGGCGGUACCUGUGCGUGGCCACUAACGUGGCCGGGGAAGACGACCAGGACUUCAACGUGCUCAUCCAGGUGCCGCCUAUGUUCCAGAGGGUGGGCGAGCCCAGUGCCACCCUUGAGACCUUGUCCCAGGAGGAGGAGGCCCGGGGCGAGGUGACGGAAUACCGAGAGGUGGUGGAAAACAACCCGGCCUACCUGUACUGCGACACCAACGCAGUCCCACCGCCCGAGCUCACCUGGUACAGGGAGGACCAGCCCCUCUCCGCCACCGACGACCGGGUCUCCGUGUUGCAAGGCGGCCGGGUCCUGCAGCUGUCCCUGGUGCGGGCGGAGGAUGCUGGGAGGUUUUCCUGCAAAGCCGCCAACGAGGUGGGCGAGGACUGGCUGCACUACGAGCUGCUGGUGCUGACCCCGCCUGUGAUCCUGGGUGACACUGAGGAGCUGGUGGAGGAGGUGACCGUCAACGCCAGCAGCACUGUCAGCCUACGGUGCCCGGCCCUGGGCAACCCGGAGCCCACCCUGUCCUGGCUGCAGAACGGGCUGCCUCUCUCCCCGAGCCCACGGCUGCAGGUGCUGGAGGACGGGCAAGUCUUGCAGGUGUCCACGGCAGAAGUGGCCGACGCUGCCAGCUACAUGUGUGUGGCCGAGAACCAGGCGGGCUCUGCGGAGAAGCUGUUCACCCUCAGGGUCCAAGUGCCACCACGAAUCACAGGCCAGAACCUGGAGCAGGUCACCGCCAUCCUCAACAGCAGCAUCUCCCUCCCCUGUGAGGUCCUUGCUCACCCGGCCCCCGAGGUCACCUGGUACAAGGACAGCGAGGCCCUGUCCCUGGGGGAAGAGGUUUUCCUCCUGCCUGGCACCCACACGCUGCGGCUGCCCCGGGUGCAGCCCUCAGACUCCGGGACCUACCUGUGCGAGGCUCUCAACGCAGCCGGCCGUGACCAGAAAGUGGUGGAGCUCAGCGUGCUGGUGCCCCCCACCUUUAGGCAGGCUCCUGACCGCCCCCAGGAGGCGAUCCUCGUCCGCGCCGGGGAGAAGGCCGUCCUUAACUGUGAGACAGACUCGCUCCCAGAGCCAGUCGUGUCCUGGUACAAGGAUCAGCAGCCCCUGGCCCUGGGGCCAAGGGUGCAGGCGCUGCAUAACACACAGAGGCUGGAGAUCCUGGCGUCCCAGGUGUCCGACAAAGGUUCAUACAGCUGUAAAGUCAGCAAUGCUGCUGGGGAGGCCACGCGGACCUUUGUCCUCACCGUCCAGGUGCCCCCAACAUUUGAGAAUCCCAAGACAGAGACAGUGAGCCAGGUGGCUGGGAGACCCCUGGUCCUGACCUGUGAUGUGUCUGGAGUCCCUGCACCUGCUGUAACUUGGCUGAAGGACAGAAUGCCUGUAGAGAGCAGCGUGGUGCACGGCGUGGUCUCCCGGGGCGGCCGCCUGCAGCUGAGCCGCCUGCAGCCCUCCCAGGCCGGCACCUACACGUGCGUGGCCGAGAACGCCCAGGCCGAGGCCCGCAAGGACUUCGUGGUGGCCGUGCUGGAGGCUCCCCGGAUCCGGAGCUCGGAUGCGCCGCAGGAGCACAGCCUGCUGCAGGGCCAGGAGGCGCGGCUGGACUGCGAGGCCCAGGGGCAGCCGCCGCCCGACGUGGUCUGGCUGAAGGAUGGCGCCCCGCUGCAGCAGGGCGUGGGCCCCCACCUCCGGUUCUACCUGGACGGCAGCUCGCUGGUGCUCAAGGGCCUGCGGGCCUCCGACUCUGGCGCCUACACUUGCGUGGCCCGCAACUCAGCCGGGGAGGAUGCCAGGCUGCACGCGGUCACCGUGCUGGUCCCUCCCACCAUCGAGCAGGAGGCAGGCGGCACAGGGACGCUGGUGAGCAGGGCCGGGGACCUGGUGACCAUGGCGUGCCCGGCCCGGGGCUCCCCGCCCAUCCACGUGAGCUGGCUCAAGGACGGGCUGCCGCUGCCCCUGUCCCAGCGCACCCAACUCCACGGUACAGGCCGCACUCUCAGGAUUUCCCAGGUGCAGCUGGCAGACUCGGGCACCUUCACCUGCGUGGCCGUGAGCCUGGCCGGCGUGGCCAGCAGGAACUUCACCUUGCAGGUGCUCGUGCCCCCCAUCCUGGAACCGGCAGACUUCCAGGGCGAUGUGGUGGUGGCCCCUGGCUCCUCUGUGGUUCUGCCGUGUGAGGCCCGGGGGAGCCCCCUGCCCCUCGUGUCCUGGAUGAAGGACGGGGAGCCCUUGCUGCCCCAGAGCCUGGAGCAGGGGCCUGGCCUGCAGCUGGAGAGAGUGGGAGCCGGCGACUCGGGGACCUACUCCUGCAUGGCCACCAGCGAGGCGGGGGAGGCGAGGAGGCACUUCCGGCUGACCGUGAUGGACCCACCCCGCAUCCAGGACUCAGGCCAGCCUGCAGAGCUGUCGCUGACGGCCGGCGCCCCCAUGGAGCUCCUGUGUGAUGCCCGCGGCAUCCCCCCACCCAAUGUCACCUGGCAUAAGGACGGGCAGGUCCUGCGUGGGCCGGAGGACAGCAGCCGAGCUGGCCGCGUGUUCCGCGUGGAGCGCAUGCAGGUGGGUGACGCAGGGCUGUACACCUGCCUGGCCGAGAGCCCUGCGGGCGAGGCUGAGAAGAGCUUCCGGGUCAGAGUUCAAGCCCCUCCAAACGUGGUUGGGCCCCGGGGUCCCCGCGCUGUGGUCGGCCUGGCCCCGGGGCAGCUGGUCCUGGAGUGCUCCGUGGAGGCAGAGCCAGCACCCGAGAUCGAGUGGCACCGAGACGGCGUCCUGUUGCAGGCGGACACACACACCCAGUUCCCGGAGCACGGCAGAUUCCUGCAGCUGCAGGACCUGAGUGCGGCCGACAGCGGCCACUACAGCUGCACGGCCCGCAACCAGGCGGGCAGCACCAGCGUGGCCUUCCACGUGGAGAUCCACAUGGCGCCCGCCAUCCAGCCGGGACCACGUUCGGUGAAUGCCUCGGUGAACCAGACGGCACUGCUGCCAUGCCGGGUCACUGGCGAGCCCCCGCCCCUUGUGAGCUGGCGGAAGGAUGGGGUACCACUGGACGGGGCACCCAGGAUGGAGGUUCUGACUGAUGGGUCUCUGAGGAUCCAGCCUGUCCUCUCCCAGGAUGCUGGCCACUACUUCUGCCUGGCAUCCAACUCUGCUGGCUCUGAUCGGCAGGGCCGUGACCUCCAGGUCUUCGAGCCUCCGGCCAUCGCCCCCGGCCCCUCCAACUUCACCCUCACCGCGCCCAGCCCGGCCGUGCUGCCCUGCGAGACCAGCGGCUCCCCCAAGCCCCUGGUGGCCUGGUGGAAAGACGGACAGAAGUUGGACCUCCACGUGCAGCAGGGCGCCUACCGCCUCCUGCCCUCCAAUGCCCUGCUGCUUGUGGCCCCCAGUGCCCAGGACUCAGCUCAGUUUGAGUGCGUGGUGAGCAACGAGGUGGGCGAGACCCGCAGGCUCUACCAGGUGACCGUGCAGGAGCCUCCGACCAUCGCAGACGACCAGACGGCCUUCACCGUGACCAGGAUGGCACCCGUGGUCCUCACCUGCCACAGCACGGGGGUGCCAGUCCCCACCGUGUCCUGGAGCAGGGCGGGCACCCAGCUGGGGACCCGGGGGAGCGGCUACCGCGUGUUGCCUUCCGGUGCCCUGGAGAUCGGGCAGGCGCUGCCCAUCCACGCUGGCCGCUACACCUGCACAGCCCGCAAUGCUGCCGGAGUGGCCCGCAAGCACGUGCUCCUCACUGUGCAGGCCUCCCCUGUGGUGAAGCCGCUGCCCAGCGUGGUCCAGGUGGUGGCAGAGGAGGAGGUGCUGCUGCCCUGUGAGGCCUCAGGCAUCCCCUGGCCCACUGUCACCUGGCAGAAAGAGGGGUUCAACGUCCCUGCAGGAGCCAGGAGCCAGGUCCUCCCGAGCGGGCAGCUGCGGCUCAUCCGUGCCCACCCUGAGGAUGCUGGGAACUACUUUUGCGUGGCCCAGAACAGCGCGGGCAGCGCCAUGGGCAGGACGCGGCUGGUGGUGCAAGCACCCCCCGUGAUCGAGAGCGGCCUCCCGGACCUGUCCACCACGGAAGGCUCCCACGCCCUCCUGCCCUGUGUGGCCAGGGGCAGCCCGCAGCCCGACAUCCGCUGGGAGAAGGAUGGCCAGCCAGUGACCGUGUCCGGAGCCCAGGGCAAGUUCAGCCUCCAGCCCUCGGGGGAGCUACUGGUGAAGAACUCCGAGGGUCGGGACGCGGGCACCUACACCUGCACGGCGGAGAAUGCGGUGGGCCGGGCCCGGCGGCGUGUGCACCUCACCAUCCUGGCACUGCCUGUCCUCACCACGCUGCCCGGGGACCGCAGCCUGCGCCUUGGGGACAGGCUGUGGCUGCGCUGCGCUGCCCGGGGCAGCCCGACCCCCCGCCUCGGCUGGACCCUGAACGACCGGCCAGUCACAGAUGGCGUGUCCGAGCAGGACGGGGGCAGCACACUGCAGCGGGCAGCGGUGACCAGAGAGGACAGCGGGACCUAUGUCUGCUGGGCUGAGAACAGAGUGGGCCGUGUGCAGGCGGUCAGCUUUGUGCACGUGAAGGAGGCCCCUGUCCUCCAAGGCGAAGCCGUCUCUCACCUGGUGGAGCCUGUAGGGGGCAGCAUCCAGCUAGACUGCGUGGUCCGUGGUGAUCCAGACCCUGACAUCCGCUGGACCAAAGAUGGUCUUCCACUGUGGGACAGCCGCCUGCGGGUACAGAACGGCUCGCUGACCAUCCGCAAGACCAAGAUGGCCGAUGCGGGGCAGUACCAGUGCCUGGCUGAGAACGAGGUGGGCGCCGUGAAGAAAGUGGUGACCCUCGUCCUACAGAGUCCGCCGGUGUUCCAGGCGGAGCCCCAGGACAUCACAGCGAGGCCCGGUGAAGACGUGGUCCUGCGGUGCCAGGCCACUGGAGAGCCAGGACCCACCAUCGAGUGGCUGCGUGCGGGGCGACCCUUGCGGGCUGGCCGGCGACUCUGGACCCUGCAAGACGGGAGCCUGGCGCUGGAGCGUGUGGAGGCUGGGGACGCCGGGGCGUACGAGUGCGUUGCUCACAACCUCCUGGGCUCUGCCACCGCCAGGGCGCUCCUGGUUGUGAGAGAGCACCCCCAGGGCAGCCGGGGCAGCAUGAUUGGGGUGAUCAACGGCCGGGAGUUCGGCGUGGCCACGCUCAACACCAGUGUGCAACAGGAGGCGCUUUCCGGAGUCACCACCAUCCGGAGCAGCGUGAGCCGCAUCCCGGCGGACGUGGGGCCUCUGAUGCGGGUACUGGUGGUCACCAUCGCCCCCAUCUACUGGGCCCUGGCUGGAGAGAGCAAGGAGGCACCAAAUGGCCUUUCCUUGACGGGUGGCAGCUUCCAGCAGGAGUCACACGUGGAGUUUGCUACAGGGGAGCUGCUCAGGAUGACCCAGGUGGCUCGGGGCCUGGACCCGGACGGGCUCCUGCUCCUGGACGUGGUGGUCAAUGGCGCUGUCCCCGAGGCCCUGGCGGACGAAGACCUCCAAGUGCAGGACUUCGAGGAGCGCUAUGUGCAGACAGGGCCCGGCCAGCUCUUCGUGGGCUCCACGCAGCGCUUCCUCCACAACAACAUCCCUGGACUCCUCCGCUGCAACCACAGCAUCCGGUACGCAGCAGCGCGGGGCCCCCAGCCCCAGCUGGUGCAGCACCUCCGGGCCUCGGCUAUCAGCUCGGCCUUCGACCCUGAGGCCCAGGCCCUGCGCUACCAGCUCACCUCGGCCCUGCAAGCUGAGGAGCAUGAGGUGGGGUGCCCUGAGGGCUUUGAGCCGGACGCCCGAGGAGAGUUUUGUGUGGACAGGGACGAGUGCACGGGCGGCCCCAGCCCCUGCUCCCACUCCUGUGACAACGUGCCCGGCCGCUUCUCCUGCUCCUGUCCGGCCGGCUUCACCCUGGCCUGGGAUGAGAGGAACUGCAGAGACGUGGACGAAUGUGCGUGGGACACCCACCUCUGCCAAGAGGGACAGCGCUGUGUGAACCUGCUCGGCUCCUACCGCUGCCUCCCUGACUGCGGGCCCGGCUUCCGGGUGGCGGCUGACGGGGCCGGCUGCGAAGAUGUGGAUGAAUGCCUGGAGCAGCUGGAUGAGUGUCACCACGAGCAGCUCUGUGAGAACACCGCAGGCGGCCACCGCUGCAGCUGCCCCAGGGGGUACCGGACCCAGGGCCCUGGCCUGCCCUGCCUAGACGUCAAUGAGUGCCAGCAGCUGCCUAAGCCCUGUGCCUACCAGUGCCACAACCUCCAGGGUAGCUACCGCUGUCUGUGUCCACCGGGCCAUGCCCUCCUCCGCGACGGCAAGGCCUGUAUCCCACUUGAGCGGAGGAGACAGAAUGUGACCGUUGUCAGCCACCAGGGCCCCUUGGUGCCCUGGCCACGGCCCCGGGCCCCCAUCCCCAGUGGCUCUUACCAUGCCUGGGUCUCCCGGCAGUCGGGACCCAGAGCCCUGAGCAGUGUGGGCCGGGCCUGGUGCCCACCUGGCUUCAUCCGGCAGAACGGCGCCUGCGUGGACCUUGAUGAGUGCCAGGUGCGCAGCCUGUGCCAACACACCUGCCGGAACACCGAGGGCAGCUACCAGUGCCUCUGUCCUGCUGGCUACCGCCUCCUGCCCAGCGGGAAGAACUGCCAGGACAUCAAUGAGUGCGAGGAGGAUGGCAUCCAGUGUGAGCCGGGCCAAAUGUGCUUCAACACCCGCGGCGGCUUCCAGUGCGUGGACACGCCCUGCCCCGACACGUACCGGCAGGGCACCAGCCCCGGGACCUGCUUCCGCCGCUGCUCGCAGGACUGCGACGCCGAGGGCCCCGCCACGCUGCAGUACCGGCUGCUGCCGCUGCCCCUGGGCGUGCGCGCCCACCACGACGUGGCGCGCCUGGCCGCCUUUUCCGAGCCCGGCGUCCCCGCCGACCGCACUGGGCGCCGUCUACACCCGCCGCGCGCUCACCCGCGCCGGCCUCUACCGGCUCACCGUGCGCGCCGCCGCGCCGCGCCACCAGAGCGUCUACGUGCUGCUCAUCGCCGUGUCCCCCUACCCGUACUGAGGCCGGCCCCGCGGCGGCGGCUGGGGCAUACCCUUCUCCCGCGUGCGUCAGCGGAGCUUCGGUCAACAGCGCCCAGCCAGCGGCCUUGACGCGGCGCCUGGGGCGCACAGCCCGUGGGCAGGGCCCGGCGUCACCCACCGCAGAGGCUGCCAGGCCUCGAGGGGAGCUGGGCAGGAACACAUACCUGGGUCCAGGGAGGGGGAACUGGGGACACCACAGCGGUCACCCUUCCGCGCCUGGCACGGUCCUCCCGAGCUCCCUUGUGUUAGGAGAUAAAGCAAUGGUUUCUAA